UAACUAAGAGCCUUGCUAGAUAACAGAAGCUGAAGCAUGGCAUCAAUGACUCUGAUAAGGGCAAGUGUACGACCAAUCUGCUUGACAACUGACAAGAGGCUGGGGUUUGAAGCAGACUGCAAAAAGAGCACAAGAAAGUGAUUUGCAAAGGGCAUUCCAGUUGUUAGCCUUACAUCUUCUUUCCUCUCUCUGUAAUGAAACAAGACUGUUAAUCAGCUAAAAUACCCUUGUCCUCUUGUCUCUCCACCAGAAAGUAAAUAUAGAAGAAAUGCAUUGUUUUGGAGUCUUAGCUGCNGUUUUCAACAUCAUUGCUUGUUUGACAAGAGGCAAGCCUUUGGAAGACUGGGACAAGUUAUCAGCUAUGGGAAAGUCUGAUGCACACUUUCAUGAUCCUGGGGAAGUAGAAGAUGAGUCCCAUUUUGACUUUAAAUCUUUCCUGGAGAAUAUGAAGACGGAUUUACAAAGGAGUUUGAAUUUGUCGAGAGUCCCCUCGCAAGUGAAGACUAAAGAAGAACCACCACAGUUCAUGAUUGAUUUAUACAACAGAUAUGCUGCAGACAAGUCCUCCAUCCCUGCAUCCAAUAUUGUAAGGAGCUUCAGUACUGAAGAUGUUGUUUCUUUAGAUUCACCAGAAGAAAAUCCAUUUCAGAAACACAUUUUGUUCUUCAACAUCUCUAUUCCACAAUAUGAGGAAAUCACCAGAGCUGAACUGAGAAUUUAUGUCUCCUGUCACAGAGAAGCUGAGUCUCUCUCUAGGCUGGAAGGCACCAUGGUCAUUUAUGAUGUUCUAGAUGAUGGACACUGGGAAAACCCAGAAAGUACCAAAUCUUUCCUUGUCUCCCACAAUAUCCAGAAGUGUGGUUGGGAGAUGUUUGAAGUGUCCAGCGCUGUGAAAAGAUGGGUCAGAGCUGACAAACUGAAGACUAAAAACAAGCUAGAGGUUGUUAUAGAGAGUAAAGUUCUGGGUGGUUUCACUUGUGAGAAGCUGGAUAUCAGUGUUGCCCCGGAUGCUAAAAAUCUGCCCCUGUUAAUGGUGUUCUCCAAUGACCGCAGCAAUGGGACAAAAGAGACCAAAGUAGAGCUCCGAGAGAUGAUUGUUCAUGAACAAGAAAGUGUACUAAAGAAGCUAGGAAAGCACAACACUUCAUCUGAAGAGGACGAACAGGGAGAGGAAAAGGCCAUCACUGGGCCGCACCAGCAUUCCUCCAGAAGCAAGAGAAGCGUUGGGGCCAACCACUGCCGGAGAACUUCCCUCCAUGUGAACUUUGAAGAGAUUGGCUGGGAUUCCUGGAUCAUCGCACCAAAAGAUUAUGAGGCUUUUGAGUGUAAAGGAGGUUGCUUCUUCCCUCUGACAGAUAACGUUACCCCAACAAAACAUGCUAUUGUCCAAACUCUGGUGCAUCUCCAAAACCCAAAGAAAGCCUCCAAGGCCUGUUGUGUUCCAACCAAACUGGAUUCAAUCUCCAUUCUUUAUAAGGAUGAUGCUGGUGUGCCUACUUUGAUAUAUAACUAUGAAGGGAUGAAAGUGGCAGAAUGUGGCUGCAGGUAGCAUAAAAAGCAGAAGUUCUAAGAAUAAGAAUACCCCCUUUUUCUGCUCUGUGUAAAUCUGUACAGCAGCGAUGCAAAUGAAAAUCCUUGCAAACAAGGUUUGGAGCAGGGUAUGCGGCUGCUUGUUGGGUUUGCUGCUUGUUUUAAAGGAAAAUUGUCAUUUAGAGAAUGGCAAUUAUUGUAAAUAGCCAGCAUUACAUAUCAUGGCAAAGUGAAUACUGGAUUAAAAUAUUGUGAGAUUGAAUGAACUAUACAUUAUCUGCCAAUGUGAUACAGUUUGAAUACCUUAUUUCAACCUUUCUGUUUAAUCAAUUCUGUUAGGUCACAAACGAAAGGAUUCUCAAUGGAGAUUUAGGAUGUCCAGCAAAUGUUUAACAGCUAUUGAAAUCUAAUUCUCUCAGCCAACUCUGACAUUUUCAACUUCUGUAAAACUCUGUAAAUGGAAUGUAGUCUGCAUGAUAAAGUCAGGAGUCUAAAUCCAGGAAGCCUUUUCUCAUAUCAAUAAUCUCAGAGGCUUUUACAGGCAAAUUGUUUGCUCCUGCAAGUGAAGAUUUGCAGUAUUCAAAACAGAAGAGACUCUCAGUCUUACUUCAUUCCCAAGUUUCCUUCUCUGGGUAGCAGGUGCCUUAGUUUCAGCUUUCUUAUCCUCGACGUCCCUAUUUUUACCCCUUUAUGGCACAUACUUGAAUGAUAAGAAGUGCAGCCUUCCGCUUCUAAGACACUGUUUCCUAGGAGGAACAGCAGCCCUUAUCUCUGCACAAAGAUAAGGAACCACUUUGACCUACUGCAUAUUCUUAGUAUUUCUUUGCAAGAACAUGCAGUCAAAUGACGUUCAGCCUUAGAAGCUGUAUCCUAAGAGCAGUGGGGGUUGGCAAAGCUCAGCACUUUUGAAAAGCCCAGGCUACUUAUUUGGAGGUCUAAAUACAUUGUUUGGAGUCUGACAUAAGGUUCUGGGGGGUUUUUAAUUUCUUCUUGGGAGAAACUCCAUUUUAUAUAUAAAAUUCUUUCACCCCUUAGAAGUCAGGGAAAAUCAGAAAACUUUCAUCACUUUUCUAUGAAGCUUAUGCUGCUGUAUGAGAAAUAUACUGUCAUACAAUAUUUCUCCUGACCAGUUGUAUUUUCACUAGACAAGGACCCCAUCUUUCCCGCAAUUAAAGUAAACUUCCUUUGAUGCUAAUGAAGGUUUUGCCUGUAAAAGAACAGAUAAAGUGUCUACUGUUGGUUGCAGGUGACAGGUUUAAGUGCUGUACAAUGCCACCAUGGUCCACCUCACUUCUACUCCUUCACAUACACGCACACACACACAAAAUCUAUCAGAGAACACUUUUGAACCAAAUCCACAACAAGCUACACAUCCAUUCAAAAUGGUGAAGAAUAUUGAUGAGGCAAAAAUCUAAACAGUACUUUAAUGUAUGGAAGCAACAGGACUUAAAUCAAUACAUAUGUUUUAAAUUAGGACAGCAUUAGGGCAAGACGAAUUCAUUUGGCAUGAACAGAUCACCUUGAAAUCUAAUACACAGUUUAUUUACUAUUGUUAACUUAAUACAGAGCAAACAGCAGGUGAGUGUGAGCAGGGCAGUUGUAAUUCCAUCAAGAACUGCUGGUUACAUCACAAACCAUGAGCACAAAGCACGAUUCACCAGAAUCCUUUAACUGAUUUAUAGGGUUUUUUUCUUUAGAACUUGUCUGCAAUUGGAUCACAUCUGAGAUCUGGAUCCAUGCAAAUUCCAUCCAUCCAUAGCUGCAGGUCAUUAACCUCUUAAACUUCCAAUAGAAGUUAUCAUUUUACCACUCCCCACUGGUUUCUGCCAUCUUACAGUCAUAGUUGUGUUUUCCUCCUGUCAGAACCCCCUAUGUUCUCUCCCUGUUUUGUUCAUGUCACUUAAGCUCCUGACAUUUUGCUCUUGACAACUUCUCUUAAUCAAGCGACAGAAACUACCAAACAAGCACUUCAUGUGAUCACAUUAGAAACAUUAGAUCACAUUAGAAACAUUAGAUCACAUUGACCUUUAUGUCAAGGUAAUUGUAGCUGUGUGCCCUUCAGUCAUCUAAACACAAAGUCCUAGUUAUAUUCUGACUUCACUGAAUACAGAACUUUGUCUGUAAUUACAGGAAAAAAUAGGGAAGGGGAAAGACCAGUUCCCAUACCCUCACAGAGAGAAAUUCUCAAGAAUAAUUUUUUUUUUCCACAUUCUGAAGUCAAACAUUGAUUUUUAUUUCCCAAGCUUAUUUGGAGCAGGGGGGGAAAAAAGGACCCAAAGCCAAUUUUGGCUCAAAACCUCAGAUCAUAGCUAUGCUAUCAGAAUUCCAGAGGAGCUCUACAGAUCCCAUCCCAAAACAGGACUACAAAUUGUUAUUGUAUUUCAAUUUAUAAAAUCCAUUGAGCUUCCAACGAGCUUUAAUGAUCACAUUCCCAUCGGCUUAACAUUUUGGUUUGUAUGGCAGUAAAAUGAAAUAUGAAUCUUUCCAUAGGGUGAUGAACAGGGUCAAGAAGAAAUGAGAACCCAGUGGUGACUACAGCUGCUACUACCUUCAGCAUGGCUGAAGUGCAUGUCAAAUUGAUGUUUGGUUUUACAUUUAGCAGCUUGAUUUAUGUAGUUUUGCACAUCCAAUUUUAAAUAACUGUUUGAGCUCCCUCAUGUUUCAAUUGCUUUGGGAUGCAACAAAUCAGCCAGGUUGCAAAGAGCAGGUAAGAACCUUGUCCCCUGCUUCAAGCUGUGCCCCACUGGACACUGAGAAAACCCCCCCAUCAUCACUUGAUUAUGAAUGUUGACCAGCAGCUUGCUGCUUCUGAGGAGCAGGUUGGGGGUUGUGCACUGUUCAGCAGAUGCACAGUUAAAAUUAAAACUUAUUUGUUUAACAUAGACAGAAGGCUGAUGCACGCCCUCCUUCUCAGGCCCAUCGGCUAUCUGUGUAACAGUCCUGUAACAUCAGAAUCACCUGCUGACUCCACAGCCAGUUUUAAGGCUAACCUAUAGCACUUCAGUCUAUAGAUAAACAUGGUAAGCUGGUGGAAGUUGGUCAGGAGAUACAGCUGGGGCUAUUUUUAACUAGUUUCCCACCUUGUGUAUGUACACAGCAGAAACAAUGUCCUCUGAUCUCAUCCACUCCUCCAUGCCUGUCCCAACACAGAAGAAUGUCUGCUGCACCAGCGAUCACUGAAAAUAAAAAGAUGUCCAUUUUUACUAUUCUUUUCUACAGAUAAAGAGGGAAUCCGGAGGUGUUUGGCUGGUAUCUGCUCAGAUGCCUUUAUGCUGUAAAGAUCCUGACAAUAUAGAAAUAGUAAUCUAGAGUUAACAAUUCCUGAUAUUCAGAAUAAAAGGUUUCAGACUGCCUCUCAAGGAGACUCAUCAUUUCAGACACAACUGUACCCUUGCACAGUUAACGCUGCUCCCAGACCACAGCUGAUUCUUCUUUCCAGCCUCCUCAGAGCCUGGCCAUUUCCACAUAGGUCAUGCACUUAGGUGCAUGGUCAUCCAUCAUGUAGGUCCACAUAGU